GCCAUUGAGACAAAACCGAGGAAGAAAUCGCAUUCAAUGCCUAGUUAUGCAGGAGUUGUUCGGCAGAGAGCUUAUCAGAACUAAGAGAAGCACAGUAGGCGCUUGUGCAUUUUAGUUAGUUCUGUACACUUUGUUUACUAGUUUUUGUUAAAAUCCUUGCGUUCCUCGCGGAAACAGUUUCCGGGAUUGAGAGUUUUCGAAAUCAAAAAAGUCCAAUCCAACCGAAGUGAAAUGGUGAAAAUUUGGUUCGUAACACUGUUGCUGUCAAUCCUCACAUUUGGGCCGGUUCAUACCAAGGAAAACGAUCCAUGCAGAACCUACGGAAAGGAUGGUUCCUGCAAGCCGUACAGCAAGUGCAGCACUUUGGAGACCUGGAACAAUCCCAUCACGGCCUGUAGCAUUGGACCGCAGGGGGCGCUAGUGUGCUGUCCGAAUGGGGAUGAUCUGUCGUCAAGAAACUCUGGCGGCACCACGGAUCGAAUUUCCGCCAAAAAGUGCAAGGAAUACCGGGACUUGACCCGCCAAUCUGUGGCCGCUGUCGGAUUUUCCCUUUCUGCAAUCGUCCAGAGGCAUUCGUAUCCCACCUGUGAAGCCAUUCUUCAGCUAAUCGUGGGUGGCAAAAAAGCCAAAGCCGGUGAAUUCCCGCAUAUGGCAGCGCUUGGUUGGAAGACGAAAGGUCGUCCGGAAUUUCUCUGUGGUGGCUCUCUCAUUAGUGACCAGUUUGUACUCACGGCCGCUCACUGCUACAUGGAAAAUGGCGACCAGGAGUUCCCAUCGUUUGUGAGGUUGGGGGAUCAAAAUCUGUACCGCACGGAUGACGGCGGCAGGCCUUACGAUGCCGAAAUCGAUGAUUUUAUAUUACACGAUGAUUUCUUACGCAAGAAAGGCUGGUACAAUGACAUUGCCCUGAUCAAACUAGUCGAUAAAGUAACAUUCAACAACUACAUACGGCCGGCCUGUUUGGGCGAUCAGCUUAGCUUCCCGGAAAACAAGGUCGUGGCCACUGGCUUCGGAUACACCGAAACCGGAGCUGAAAGCCAGUCGGAAGAGCUGCUCAAAGUAUCGCUGGACGUGUUCGACAAUGAGUUGUGUACGGAAGAACAUAAAGGCUCCCGGCAGCUGCGGUCCGGAAUGAAGAACACGCAGCUGUGCGUAGGAAGCUCCACCGGUGGGUUCGACACUUGCCAGGGCGAUUCCGGCGGGCCCAUUCAGAUAGCCAUGCAGGAGAACCACUGCGUUUACUACGUCGUUGGGGUAACCUCAUUCGGGCCAGCCCUGUGUGGAUCCAAGACCCCGGCGGUGUACAGCCGAGUAGGACCCUAUCUAGACUGGAUCGAGUCCCAUGUUUGGAACAAGAAUUUGACUGUUACACAAAAAGCAAAACAAAAUUCGGCGGUUUUUUUUUAUCUACGGACAAUGAUCCUUCAGAGGAAAACAGUCGGCAGUCACAUCUCGUGGUGGACCUUGGUUGGGUUUGUUGUUGGGCUCGUUUUACUACUUCAACCGGUCGAUGCAGCGUUGAAAGAAAACGACCCUUGCAAACAUAACGGUGUACCGGGAACAUGCCGUCGCUACGUUACCUGCAAGGAUCGGUUAGCUCAUCAGCGAUUGACGAUCUGUCGAUACGCCCCCGAGGAUACGAUCGUGUGCUGCCCCAACAAUGGGCCCCAGGCUGAAGAGGAAAGCGUCAAUCGGUUCGCUGAAUCGGAAGAAAGCUCCAAUCAACAAAGCGCAGCACGCAUUUCGGCUCGAAAGUGCAACGAGUACCGCAAGCUGUCCUACAACAAGGUAUCCGUGAGUACCCUGACCCUAAAUCCGAUGGUGCUCAGCUUCGAGGUGCCCAAGUGUGACAACAUCGUGAAGCUGAUCGUCGGUGGAAACAUAACCAAACCCGGCGAGUUUCCUCACAUGGCCGCGAUCGGUUGGCGCGUUGGGCGUCGCGUUGCCUUCGACUGCGGUGGAUCGCUGAUCAGCAAUCAAUACGUGCUAACUGCGGCACACUGUAACAUCGAAAACAACGGAGAAUUUCCAUCCUUCGUUCGCUUGGGCGAUCAAAAUUUGGCACGACCUGACGACGGCGCCCAGCCAAUCGAUGUGGACAUUGACAGCUUCACGCAACAUCCCAACUUUAUGCGUCGCCAGGGCUGGUACAACGAUAUCGGACUGAUUCGUCUGGUACGCCCGGUAGAGUUCAACAACUUCAUCCGACCAGCUUGUCUGUACGAUCAGCUCGAGAUGCAAACCGAUCAAGUAAUUGCAACCGGUUUCGGACUCACCGAAGAUCACGGAGACAAAUCGGACGAGCUGCUCAAGGUGUCGCUUUCGGUUUUCCAAAACCCGGUUUGCAAUGCAGGUUACCAAAACAGCCGGCAGCUCAAGAAAGGUAUCAUGACCUCGCAGAUGUGCGUCGGAAAGCUGCAGGGAGGGGCCGAUACCUGCCAGGGCGAUUCCGGCGGUCCACUGCAGAUCACCCGGCAGGAGAACCACUGCGUAUUCUACAUCGUCGGCAUCACGUCCUUCGGGCAGACCUGUGGUUCCAAAGUGCCCGCCAUCUACACCCGGGUCGCGUCCUAUCUGGACUGGAUCGAACCGAUCGUUUGGGGUUAGCUUGAUGGCUGAACGAAAUAAACCA